UAAUAUGAUAGAUAGCUUCAAUUAUUUGCUUAAGAUUAUUGUGAUCGGUGAUUCUGGAGUUGGUAAGACAAAUCUAUUGUUAAGAUAUGUUAAUCAUACUUUUCAGAAUGAUUUAAAAUCUACGAUUGGAGUUUAGUUUUUUUCUAAACUAGUCUCAAUUAAAAAUGAAUAUAUAAAACUAUAAUUAUGGGAUACUGCUGGAUAAGAGAGAUAUAGAUCAAUUAGCACUUCUUAUUAUAAAGGUUCUCAUGGAGUGAUAAUUUGUUUUGAUCUUACUCAUUAAGAAUCACUUGAUAAUGUAGUUAAGUGGUAUCAAGAAGUAAAAUAAUAAGCUGACUUAAAUAUCAAAAUAAUUCUAAUCGGAAAUAAAUUAGAUUUAAGUGAAUAAAGAGUAGUUGGAACUGACACAGCUUAGUAAGUAGCAAAAUAAAUUGGUGCAGGAUAUAUUGAAACUUCUGCGUUAAAUUCUUAAAAUGUAGACAAAGCAUUUGAACUAUUGAUUUAAGGUUUUUGUUUAUUUAUCUAAUAUAGAGAUCUAUAUUUAACUAAAGCAACUCAAAUAAGAUUAACAAAAUCCUUAAAUCACAACAGAAAAUACUAUUAUGUUAACAGACAAAAAAAAAACAAAUACCUCUCAAAAAAUAAAUAAACAAUGUUGUUGA